AAUUCCUCAAAACUGGUAGCGCAGUCGUAUUUCGGUUUAAUACAAUCAAAUAAUUGGCUACAUUACUGUUAUCACCAACUAAAAAAAAUGAUUGAACCGUUAAGCCCAAAUGAUCCUUCAUCAUUUUCUUUUCCUGACCAAGCUAUAAUUAAUCAUAUACAUCUAAUUCUACACGUAAACUUCUCAGAAAAGCUCGUUAAAGGUUCUGCCAUUCUUGAUCUAGCCUGGAUAACAGAUAGCAAUGAAAAGUUAUUGAUUCUUGAUACAAGAGACCUAAAUAUUAUCUCAGUAUUUGACGAAGAUAGACAAAACACGCUAGAGUUUUCUCUUGGAGAUAAAGUUGGAGAUUUUGGACAGCCUCUAACUAUUAAAGUACCGCUUGAUUACACAAAGAAAUUGGUGAUAGAUUACUCUACCGCUCCUAAUUCAACAGCUCUGCAAUGGUUGGCUCCUGAGCAAACAUCUGGCAAAAGUAAACCAUACUUAUUCACUCAAUGUCAAGCUAUCCACGCAAGAAGCCUAUUACCAUGCCAAGACACUCCAGCAGUCAAAUUUACCUAUUCGGCCGAAAUAACUGUCCCUGAGGGGCUUAAAGCAUUGAUGUCUGCUAUACGCAAUGAGGAUGAGACUAAUAACUCGUCUGUAUUCCGUUUUCAACAAGACAUACCUAUUCCAUCAUACCUGAUCGCAUUGGUGGUUGGGGACUUAGAAAGUCGUCCAAUUGGACCCCGUUCUCGAGUCUGGUCAGAAAAGGAGAUAAUUAAGGCUGCAGAAUUUGAAUUUACCGGUACAGAAAAACUACUUGCAACUGCUGAAGACCUUAUGGGGCCAUAUGUUUGGAAACAGUAUGAUUUGUUGGUUUUACCACCCAGCUUUCCUUAUGGGGGUAUGGAAAAUCCAUGCUUAACUUUUGUAACACCUACUUUACUAGCUGGUGAUAGAUCAUUAGUCAGUGUAGUUGCUCAUGAAAUUGCUCACAGCUGGACUGGUAAUCUUAUAACAAAUAACAACCCUGAACACUUUUGGUUGAACGAAGGUCACACCGUCUUCGUGGAGAGAAAAAUUUCAGGACGUUUAUAUGGAGAAUCAUUUAGACAUUUACAGGCUAUAAAUGGGUGGGAUGCUUUAAAUGAAACAAUCAACAAGGAAUACAGUCCAAAGCAUGAGUUCACAAAACUUGUUCCAAAUCUAACGGGGGUUGAUCCAGAUGAUGCUUUCUCUUCGGUGCCAUAUGAAAAAGGUUCUGCACUCCUGAUGUACUUAGAAGAAAAGUUAGGAGGACCUGAGGCAUUUGAACCUUUUCUUAAAGGUUAUGUAAAAAGAUUUCAGUACAGAUCAAUUAAUACUAGUGACUGGAAAGCUUUCCUUUAUGAAUUCUUUAGUUCUAAGCAAGAUAUUCUUGAUCAAAUUGACUGGAAUGGAUGGUUUAAUGAACCGGGAAUGCCACCAAAUAAACCAACCUUCGACGAUACUUUGCUUAAAAAAGCAUCAGAUUUAGCUAAUCGUUGGAUAUCCUGCUCUAAUGAUCAAUUAGAUGAAUUUAAAUGUUCAGAUUUAAAAGAAAUGCAACCUUUGCAAGUCAAAUGCUUUUUGACUGACAUUUUCAAAAAGGAACCACUUUCUCAUGAGAAGAUUGAAAAAAUGAAUGAGCUUUACAAUAUGAGUUCAAUUAUAAAUUCUGAAAUUCGGUUCCUAUGGCUGAGAAUAGGCAUUCGUGCUAAGGUAGCAAAAUUUGCUGACAAAGCUUUGGAAAUGGUAAACCAAGUUGGUAGAAUGAAGUUUGUACGACCACUGUAUAGAGAUUUGUACGAAUGGGAAGAUUCUAGGAGUGCAGCUAUUGAAAACUUUCAGAAAAUGAAAGCGCAGAUGCAUAUUCUUACAGCCACAAUGAACGCUACAGUGGAAGCUUCAAAGCAUUACUUAUCUAAGAAACGAAUUCCAGAACUUUUGCAAAGUUUGACUGUUGGUUUGCUUGCUAAUGAGCCUGAUGAUCAUAUUGAGUUUUUGAUUUGCUGCUUGAAAAGUAUAAAAAUACAUGGGACAGAUAAGAUUACUUGGGACUCCUUUCUUCCAGUAGACGACGAAGGUGGUCAGAAACCAUUCAAAUCUGAAGUGGAAUGA